AUGGCUGAAGCUAUCAUUAGUUUCAAUGUUUUCAACUCACAUUUUCAUAGCUCAUGCCUUCAAUCAAAAAGAUUUGUAGUCAACUCAUCUUCAAAAUUGCCUAUGCUCCCUCCAAAUUCUAUACCUUUUCACAAGUCAUGGCAGGUGUUAGGUGGCAAGAGGAAAAGAGCAUCUUUGUGUAAAGUAAAUGGAUUACCAGAUAUUCCAAUGAUGGCAGUUCUUGUAGAACAAAUGGAAGGACAGAGAGAUCUUAUAACUGAGAAAACAAUUUGGCAUCUUAGUGAUCAACAAAUAAAAAAUGCUUACGCUUGGUACGUAAUGUUCACUGUUUGGGGAGUCUUGUUUUUUGGUUCUAUGAAGGACCCAUAUUAUGAUUCAGAAACAUAUAGAGGAGAUGGUGGAGAUGGCACUGGAAACUGGAUUUAUGAGAAGCAAGAGAUAAUGGAAGCAGAGGCAAGAGAAGCUCUAUGGCGAGAGGAGUUGAUUGAGGAAAUAGAACAAAAAGUUGGAGGAUUGAAAGAAAUUGAAGAGGCAGCAAAGGAAGAACUUGUUAAAUGA